AUGCUAAUUAAUUCCUUCAUGGUCAUUCCAUUUUUCAAGACAAACAUGUUUAGCACAGUAAAGGUCCACAAUGUCUCACUUCAAGCAUCAGAACGAGUUAUCAAGGAGUUCUUUAGCUUUUCUGGUGACAUCGUACAUGUCGAAAUGCAAAGUGGUGAUGGGCGUUCUCAGUUCGCCUACAUCACCUUCAGAGAUGAGCAAGGAGCGGAGAGGGCAAUGCUUUUGACAGGUGCGACUAUAGUGGAUAUGGCUGUCAUCAUCACCCCAGCCACAAAUUACCAGCUGCCAGCAGCCGUUUUAGAUGAUUUAGAGUCAAAAAGUCCUAGUAGCAUAGAAGCUGCCCUUCGAAAGGCAGAGGAUGUUGCUGGUUCCAUGUUGGCCAAAGGAUUUAUUCUUGGCAAGGACGCCGUUGAAAAGGCAAAGACUUUUGAUGAAACACAUCAGCUCACGUCGACUGCAAGUGCUAAAGUAUCUUCCAUUGAUAAGAGUCUGGGCCUCAGUGAGAAGAUCAGCACUGGCACCAUAGUGGUGAAUGAGAAAAUGAAGGAAAUGGAUGAGAAAUACCAGGUUGCAGAGAAGACCAAGUCUGCAUUGGUAGCUGCGGAGCAGACUGUUUCUACUGCUGGUUCCAAGUUCAUGAGACACAGAUACAUCCUUACCGGCGCAGCAUGGGUAACUGGUGCCUACAGCAAAGUUGCGACGACUGCGACUGAGGCCUACAACAAGGAAAGGGCGAUGGCUGAGCAGGAAGAUGAACUCGUGAAGAGUUCUGAAGAGGCAGGACAAGAGAGCAAGUGUCAGGAAGGUGAUCCAGCUAAGGUGUCUGUUCCAGAAAAUACUGAAACGGGCCAAAUGGCAGAUCAGGAGGGCGAAUGUCCAAAGACCAACAAACCAGAAGAUACUGAAACGGGUAAAGACGAACAGAAAUCUCAAGAUGGUGAUAUCGCAAAGGCCCAAACUCAAGAAAAUACUGAAAUAACGGCUGAGGAGCAUAAGCAUCAGGAGGCUGAGUUACCGAAGGCCAGCACACCUGAAAGUCUGCUGAUGGCUGAGCAAACUGAGCAGGAACACAAGCAACCGGUCACUGAAGUUGCAAACAGCAAUAUUCCAAGCAGCCCUGUAACCAUCGCCGUCUGCAUGGCCACUGAUGAUGCAAAAUCUAGCAAUUCCCCAAAGAAGCCCGGACCUGCCUAG